AUGGCGCAAAAGUCAAUGCGAUCACUAUGUAGCAAACUUUCUCCAAAAACGACAAUUCAUGGUUCAUCCACGAAUCCCCGCAAUAGCACAAGAUCACAUACGAAAACUUCACCUAUAUUUCUACUUUUUAUGCUCUUAAAUUAUCAGUAUAUUGUUGGAGUUGGUGCAAUACCACUCUUAUGGACUCGAGGGGCUGGAAUAUCCUCUUCUUAUAAUAGUCAUAAUGGUAACAAUAACGACAAUAACAUUUCAACAGUAAUAGGGGUUGGAAAUGGUGCCGGUCCACUUGGUCUGACAGGCGGACACUGGUAUACUGGGAAAACUG